AUGUUUAUCAUUACAUUAAUUACGUCAGCGUUGGGUUUGAGAUUCCAAUCUUAAACUUUUUAUGAUUUUGUCAACUCUCAACAAUCAACUUGGGUUUCAGGACACAAUUAGAGAUGGGAAUAAUUCAAUGAAGCCACAUUGAAAACUCAGAUGGGAACAUUCUUGGAUGAACCAGAUUUUAUGAAAUUACCAGAGUCAACAGUUCAAUUCGAGAAUUUAGAAAUCCCAGAGAGUUUCGACGCCAGACAACAAUGGCCUAAUUGUGAAUCCAUCAAGGAGGUCAGAGAUUAAUCUACAUGUGGCUCAUGUUGGGCCUUUGGAGCUGCUGAAGCCAUGAGUGACAGAUUGUGCAUUGCCACUGGAAAGCAAACCAGAAUCUCAACCGAAGACUUGUUAACUUGCUGUGGAAUCACUUGCGGAAUGGGAUGCAAUGGUGGAUUCCCAAGUGGUGCUUGGAACUACUUCAAGAACAAGGGACUCGUCACAGGUGAUCUUUUCGGUGACAAUUCCUGGUGUAGACCAUAUACCUUCCCUCCAUGUGAUCAUCAUGUUGAUGAUGGCAAGUAUGGACCAUGCGGAGAUUCAUAACCAACACCCGCCUGUGUUAAGUCCUGCACUGCUCAAUCUGGAAGAAACUAUGACUCAGACAAGAUCAGAUCCAUUGACUCUUAUUCAGUCUCAUCAAAGGUGGAGCAAAUCUAAAACGAAAUCAUGACAUUCGGUCCAGUAGAAGCAUCAUUCACCGUCUAUGAAGACUUUUUGACUUACAAAUCUGGAGUAUAUCAAAAUGUCGCUGGAGCUAAUUUGGGAGGACAUGCUGUCAAAAUUAUUGGUUGGGGUGUCGAGAAAAACGUUCCAUAUUGGUUAGUAGUCAACUCCUGGAAUGAAGGAUGGGGAGAAAAUGGAUUAUUCAAAAUCUUAAGAGGAUCCAAUCAUGUUGGAAUUGAAGGUGGAAUCUAUGCAGGCAGAUUAGUUUGACAUUAUUUUUCACAAAUAAUUUAAAUAAAACAUAAAGAAUUUCAUUAAUACAUAUAUAUGUACUUA